AAGCUUUCUGUCAUUUCUUUUCUACCCAAUCAAAAUCAAAUGUCUUCUCCCUCUGCAAACCUUUACAAAGUCAAAACGAUUUGGCUCCUGUCUUCUCUGCUUAUCUAUUUGUUCAUCAUUCUAUCCAAUGGAGUUGCAGCGCAAAAUGAUAUCAGUGUCACAAACGUUGGAGCAAUCAUUGAUCUUAAUUCUCGUAUCGGCAAAGAGCAGAAAGUUGCCAUGGAAAUUGCAGCUGAAAGCUUCAACAAGAAGUCCAACACUCAUGAACUAAUCCUUCAUUUUCGAAAUUCAAGCGGAGAACCCUUUCUUGCUGCUUCUGCUGCUGAAGAGUUGAUAAAGGAAGAAAAAGUACAAGUGAUUGUUGGCAUGGAGUAUUGGCCAGAAGCAGUUCAAGUAGCUGAUCAUGUUAAAAACCAAUCUCAAGUUGUUCCGGUAAUUUCAUUUGGUGCACCUCUUAUAACUCCUCCAAUAAUCCAACACCGGUGGCCUUUCUUGAUAAGAAUGACAAGCGAUGGAUCAGAUCAAAUGAAAUGCAUUGCACACAUAGUUGCUGCAUACAAUUGGAAAAGGGUUGUUGUGAUAUACGAAGACGAUGGUUAUGGUGGCUAUGUUGGAUUGCUAUCUCUUUUGUCUGAGGCUCUUCAAGAUGCUAAUGCAAACAUUGAGAAUCAUUUGGUUCUUCCGAGACUAAAUAAUUCUUCGGAGUCUAAGCCUAAUUGGGAUGAAGUAGAAGAGCUGUUGAAGCUUCCCACCUUUCAGUCUCGGGUGUUUAUUGUUCUUCAAUCAUCUUUACCAACAGUGACUAAUCUGUUCAGAGUGGCUAAGAAGAUGGGACUUGUAGGGAGAGAGUCAGCUUGGAUAUUCACAGAAUGUAUCACUAGUUUGCUUAACCCUCAAGGUAACUACGAUAUGGAAGGAUCUCUGGGAAUCAAGACCUACUACCCCACUGAGUCUAGUUCUUAUGCCGAAUUCCACAAGGAAUUCCAAGCUAAGUAUGCAGAAGGAAAUAACUCCAAGCCAGGAAUUUAUACUCUUCGAGCAUACGAUACUAUUAAUGUCAUUUCACAGGCCAUAGAAAGAAUGCCUAAUAACACCGCUAGUACUAGCCUUCAAGAUAUGAUAACUAGAUUGUUGAGCAAGUACAAGGGUUUAAGUGGGGAUAUGCACUUCAAUAAAGGUGAAGCACUGUUGGAUUCUCCUAGACUGAGGAUUGUAAAUGUUGUGGAUGGGAAGAUGAACAGAGAGUUAAACUUUUGGACACCAAAUGAUGGGUUCUCAGAAGGCCUUGACCCAAAUAGCGUUGAUGUUGUUGGUAAAGUAAUUUGGCCUGGGAACCUAAGCCGUACCCCAAAAGGAUGGGCAAUGCCUAGUGUUGAAAAGCCAAUGAUAAUUGGGGUUCCAGGUAAAACUUCCUUCAGCAAAUUUGUAAAGGUGGAGUAUAAGGACAAUCCUGAUGAGAAUACAUAUGAUGGUUUCUGCAUUCAAAUUUUCUAUAAGGUUUUAAGUCGUUUGAAUUAUUCUCUGCCGUACGAGUUUCAUGCUCACGAUGGAGACUAUGAUGGCCUGGUUGAAAAAGUCCAUAACAAGACCUAUGAUGCUGUUGUUGGUGAUAUAACCGUUCUAGCUGACCGAAUGGACAAGGUGGAAUUCACUCAACCCUAUAUGGGGUCAGGGUUGUCAAUGAUAGUACCAGAAGUAACCGAUGAGGAGGCAACAUGGAUGUUUAUGAAACCUUUUACAUGGCAAAUGUGGGUGGUGACCGGUUCCAUUUUAAUCUACACAAUGUUGGUAGUAUGGUUCCUAGAGCGGCCAACCAAUCCCGAAUUUGGUGGUCCAUUGAAGGAUCAAAUUGGAACAGCAAUUUGGUUCACCUUCUCCUCUUUAUUCUUUGCUCACAGAGAAAAAGUCUAUAGUAACUUAACUCGAGUAGUUUUUAUUCUAUGGCUGUUUGUUGUAUUGAUCCUAACCUCAAGCUACACUGCUAAUCUCUCUUCAAUGCUCACCGUUCAACGACUGAAACCAAAUGUAACAGACAUCGAAAUGCUAAAAAGAACCAAUGCAACAGUUGGUUUGGAUGGGGAUUCAUUCGUGUACACAUACAUGGAGGAGGUUCUUGGAUUCAAGGAAGUUAACUUGAUGAACGUAUCGAGUGAAUACGACUAUACAGGCUACUUCAAAAACAAAACAAUAUUAGCUGCCUUUCUCGAAAUCCCCUAUGCUGAAGUAUUCUUGAACAAGUAUUGUGAUGGAUAUACUGAUAACACUCCUCCCAAUAGAUUUGGAGGCUUAAGCUUUAUGUUUCAGAAAGGCUCUCCCAUUGCCAGGGAUUUCACUAUGGCCAUAUUAGAGCUAUUGGAGAAUGGAGAGAUGAAGAAACUUCAAAAUGAGUGGUUGUCGCCGGAGGAGGAGUGCACGAAGAAUUCAACUUCCAAUCGACCAGAAAGCUUAAGCCUCGACAGCUUUUCUGGCCUCUAUGUAAUAUCCGGUGCUACUUCUACCUUCUGCUUUCUACUAUCUCUUGCUAUCUGGCUGAGGAGGUUUCAGCUCCAAGAAACAAAUGAAGGCAAUGCAAGUCCAAGUAAUGAAAAUAUUUGGAACAAAACUGUCAGAAUAGUAAAGUUUUUCAAACUUACAGAUCUUGAAAUUCCAAAUAGAUCUCCAACUUUUGCUAGUUAUAUUGUGGAUUGGACUACUCCAAGGUGGGGGGAUUACUCGCCUACUUCCAACACUCCAGAGCAGCCUCCGGUGUUCACGCCAGGAGAGAUCGAAUGCACUCCAGUAGAACAUACAGAAACAAGGGUAUAGGGGCAUUCAAAAUCCAAUACCAGCUGCUUCCCCUUAAACAGUUUGCUGAUCUUUCUCAUUAGAGUUGAUACUAAGUCCUACCUCCAUGAGGUUCUUUUAUUCUUUGGUAAAUACCUCAAUGCCUGAUUUGGCUAAGACAAUUUGUUGUUAGGAUUCAUUACUAGGAAAGAACUUGUAUAUGCUUCUUUGUAACAACACUCAUUAUCAUUACAACUUGUCAGUUAUUAGCAGAACUUGUAGUUUCUCUUCCAUUCAAAUUCCAUUAA